AUGGCGUCGCUGAUUGAAUCCUAUGAACAACAAUAUUCCAGUUUGACAGCUGAUAUAACCUACAAUAUCACUAAAAUAUCUAACACACAUGGAGCUGAGAAACAAAAACACAUCCGACAGGUUGACAAGCUGUUCGAUGAGGUGUCAGAACUGCUGGAACAGAUGGAGCUGGAGGUGAAAGAUUUGCCGUCAAGAGAUAAACAAAAGUAUCAGACUCGUGUGAAAAGUUAUAAAACUGAGCUUGGAAAACUUCAGACAGACACUCGGCGUGCUAAACUUGGUAUAGAUAGCAGUCGAGAUGAACUUCUAGGAGAUGACACACAUGAGUCAGAAGAUCAGAGAAAAAGACUUCUGGACAACACAGAUUCACUGGACCGCGCCUCACGACGAUUAGAUCAUGGAUACAGAAUCGCUCUGGAGACAGAGGAAAUGGGUGCCCAGGUUUUACAGGACCUCAGUGGUCAAAGACAGACUAUACAGCGGUCAAGAAAUAGGCUUGAAGAAAUGAAUAACAGUCUUGGAAAAAGUUCUCGUGUUUUAUCUGGGAUGAUGAGACGGAUUAUACAGAACAGACUGAUGCUGGUGAUUAUUUGUGCAAUAUUACUACUGGUGAUAGGAUUAGCCAUAUAUUUCAUAGUGAGAAAAAGUUCCUGAUGCUGGUCACAAUAUUUUAUAUAACAAAACUAGAGUGGGAUCAUAACAGUGGCAAUACUGAGAGGCUUUUGGAGGAGAACACUUAUCAGUAGAACUUUUAUCACAGGAUUGAUGCUGUACAAUCAUAACACUACACAAAUGAUGAUGAAGGACCACAAAUUUACAAAUAUGGUGUGGAUUUCACUUAUUUAUAGCAGUGCUUGUUAAAUUUGUAUUUUAAAUUACACUUUCUGAUUUGAAAGAAAGAUUGAUAUUCUGUGUAUACUAUUCUGCAGUAAGUAUUUUACUUACUUUAACACUAUGCUGUGAUAGAGGGUGAUAUUUAUCCUGAAUACAUAUCUAUUUACCUGUAUCAGAAAUUGAAGGGCUUUUUUCCAUUCAACAUUUUAAAUAAAAGAUACUUAAAAGUAUAAAUGAUAAAGCACAGUUGAAACCAAAUUUUGUUCUGAGUAACUUUAAUUAUGUUAAAUGAAAAAAUGAAUACACGAUCAUCAGCCUGAAAAGGGUUCCUGUGUAUUUACUUGUAAUGUCUUUUUCCUGUAAAAAAAUUAUGAUAAUUUGUAGUGUUCCUGAUCAAGUUGUAAGCUUUCUAUUGAUGCCAGUUUUGUGAAGUAAAUCAGAGAAUGUUAAGUAACUAGAUAUAUAAAUAAACCUCCUCCAUAUGUUGAACAUUUUUGACCUGAUAAAUUUCUGACUAUACAGUAUUAUACAAGUAAUUCCAGUGUUGUCUAUCUUAUACACCCAUAACUGAGCUGUUCAGCAAAAAUGUAAGGGUUUUGUUAUUGGGAAAAAAAUCAGCAAAUAAGCAGGAACUUAUUUUAAAUAUUUUAAUAUGUCAUCAGAAACUUAACCUGUCAUGGCAAAAAUAAACAGGAAAGAAAUGAGUAUUUGGUAAUGGCUAAUGAAUCUCAGAUGGCACUCUCAGAAUUAUGUUGGCAGAAAACCAGAGUAUUGAUGUGUUUAUAACUAUUCCAUUUGAUAAAAUAACUAUUCCAUUUGAUAAAAUACACAUAGUUUAUGUUUGGGAUUUGUAGAAUAGUGUAGGGUUAAAAGGAUUAUAUGAUACUGUUAAUUGGGUUUUAUACACAGAUAUAUAUAGAUACUAUAGGUUCUGGUAUAUUUAGCAUACAUACCCCAAAGCUUUAGUAAGAUUAUACCAUCAUACUGUGUCUGUUAUCCCUCUGGCAGCAAAGAUCUCUAGACUUGGCCUAGAGUUCGCUUGGUUGAAAUAUUUCCAAAUUGGUCCAAAUUAAUGGCAAUGUUUUUUUGAACUUAUGUUAAAAUCUUUAAACCCAUUCCUCUGAAUAACCAAGAGGUCGGUCAAGGGUCAUGACCUUCUGCCAGGAAUAUGCCAAGAUGUAGGGCAAACGUGUAUUUCAAUUGAUCAUUUUGACCUACCUUCAUGGUCAUAGAGGUCAGAAGGGAGAAAAUUUGAACUUCUUUUUAUUAACCAAACUGUCAGAAGCAUGUUGUAAUGAACAGUUAUAAAACUUGUUAAAAUUAAUUAUCUUGACUUGCCUUUAAAGUUGUAGGAACCAAAAAGGUUGAUUUUUAAAAAAGAACUUCUUUUUUAGUAACUAAGAGGUAGUGGUUUUUGGUCAGUAGCAUGCAGAAAAAGAGAAAAUGUUCAGUUGGGUUAAACAGAUGAACUACCUGCUAAACAUGUGAGUCAGGCAGGUCCUUCAAGUUCCUUGUUCAAUAGAGGAAGGUUGUUCAUGCAGUCACGAGAAUUUUAUUGUUUGCCACAUUUUUUUUAAAUGUAUGAUAGUUGAUAAGUUAAUUUUCAUAUAAAUCACAAGUACUUCCUGUAAACACACAUAUUUUAAGUAACAUUUGAUUGCACUAAAAUAAGUGUGUUUACAGUAGGUUAUUAAGUAAUGAAUGUGUAAGAUUUCAGUCAAGGACUUUUGUCAGGGUUUGAUGUUGGUGUAAAUUGUUAGCUGUUGAGACUGUUCUGAUAUUGUUUUUGUGUAAACACUAGUAAAAAUAUAAGUUCAUGACAGGUGAAUGUGACAUCUUAGAGGAAUUGUUAGCUGUUGAGACUGUUCUGAUAUUGUUUUUGUGUAAACAGCAUUGUUGUUAAACGUGAUUAUCAGUUACUUCUAUUUCCUGUUGUUGGCCAAAAGAACAUUUUAUCUCAGGCUUCAGAGAACAUACAUGUGGAUUAAACCACACUAAUAUCAAUUGUUAAGAUUGGUAUAAUCUGAAUCGGGACACAACAUAUUUGUGUCCUGCAGAAUGCAAAAUAUCAUUUUCACUGGUCUGAAAACAUAUUUCUGCAGUAAACAGAGAAUACAUCAUAUUUUGGUGUAAGUCAAAAUGAAAUACAUGAAAAAAGUUAAAAGUUAUGAAACAUUUAUUCAGUGAAUAAGUUCUAUUCACCUUUUAACUUCUUCAACUUUAAGACAGCAAAACAGAUUUGAUAUACUGAAUUUGAGACAGCUUGUAUUUAUAUGUGAUAUUUAGUUACAUGGCAUGAGAAACUAUGUUUGUGAUUGUAACUAUGAUGUAAAAGUGUCAUACAGCAGGUUGCUGAUAUGUUCUGGCCUUCUCAGACGAUGGUCAUCGGUGCAAUUGAGAUGAAAUCCCAUUUGACCUAUUUCAACAGUUUCUUUUACUUCUUCACAGAUGUUCUUGAAACUUAGAAUAUAGAGGGUCAAUGUAGCCUUGACCUCAACGUGACAGGUCAAUGUAGCCUUGACCUCAAUGUGACAGGUCAAUGUAGCCUUGACCUCAAUGUGACAGGUCAAUGUAGCCUUGACCUCAACGUGACAGGUCAAUGUAGCCUUGACCUCAAUGUGACAGGUCAAUGUAGCCUUGACCUCAAUGUGACAGGUCAAUGAAAAGUUUGUGUAUGAAUUAGAAUUCAGUUUGUCUGGGCAUACAGGGUCUUGAUCAAUACAAUUGUAAUAUAAUGUAUCUUUUAAGGUCUGCUCCACCCCAAGGAGAUUCUGCAAAAAGCGUUUUAUGGCCAGAGAGAAUGACUUGGUCUUUAGAUCAGUUGUAAUGUAGUGGUAAGGUAACAUAAGCCUGUAGUUGUCUAGAAUGAAACAUUUUUGUCUUAUUUUCUUAUCAACAAUUGCCACAGUUUUCAGUGUAUUGAAUGUGAGCAUAUUUUUCUGACAUGUCUGUAUGUAGCUCCUAGUAACAGAACAAUCAAUAUGUAAAAGUUGGAGCAUUUUAUUUAGGGCAAGGAUUUCAUCCAUGUGAGCACACAGUAAAGAGUCCGUAGCUAUAAUUUGGGAUGUCUGAAGUAGGGUGAUAUUUUUAUCCAUUUGAACACAUCGUUUGAUAUGAUGUUAAAUGUAAUUAUUGUUAUUUAUGUACAAUAAACUUAUUGUAA